UCUUCAGUCCUAUAAAAAACUAUUAAUGAUUAAGGGGCAAACCUAAAGGGAGAGGUAUUACCAUUGAUCAUGUAAUAACUAUAUAUAUUUAGUGUUCUGGGUACAGCAAUGCGCAUUAGAGAAAUGUAGUUUUGUGCAUGCAGAAAACCUUAAGUAUAAGACUGAAUUUGGUUUUUAUUGGAGAACUCCUAUGCACAGUCUUAGACCAGAGUUUAGAAAUGACAUUGGACUUUGUAAAGUAACACUCUGUUGUACUUGGUGAUAGGAAAUAACUAGAAGGGGCUAAUCUUACUCUGCUGCUUUGAUUUCCUGUAUUAAAAUUUUGCUUGUAUUGUUUCCCACUGUUUACUGUUUAUGUAGUCUUGCUUUUAUUCUAUUGAUAGGUGAAGCUCUACCAUAUAAUUAACUAGUUAUUAGCUGUAUUUAAAUUAUUGUUUCUGCCAUCUAUGUACGUUUGUGAUUAUAUAGUAGAAAUAUAAUCAGUAGAAAUUUGAAUGUUAAUAUUUUGUGCAAAAUGUAGAUGCUGUGAUUGAGAUUUUAGAUGUGCUCAUUCAUCUGUAACAGUGAUUCUGUACUAUGGACUUAUUUUAACCCAGUGAAUUUGUGUUCAUUUCCUCAUUCUUGGUUCAGAUGGUAAAUGAUCAAUACAACUCCUAUACAGAAAUUCUGACUGAUAUAAUUUAUUUUUGGUGCCUUAUACAUUGAGGAACUACUUUCUACAUCAGAGUUCAUGUCAUUCAACUUUGUCUUUCCCACAAUUCAUUUUUAUGGUUCCCUCACCUUAGCUGCCAUGAGUAUACCUGGGAUCCAAGACAUAUCCUCCCCUUAAAUUUGGCUUUACUUUCCAAGGGCAGGUUUACUUAGGGGACAGUGGCCUUGAUUCUUAUUGGCUGGAGUUAGUUUAAUAGGAUUAGACUUCAGGAGAAGGGAUUAUGGCAUGCAAGACAUAAUACUUCAUAUCAUAUUUCGGAGUCCUCUGAAAAAUGGCCGAGGUACUGUAGGAGGAAUAUUUUGGGCUCUGGGUCCCAAACGUAGGACACUGAACAACCUUUGAAGGUAUUUAAGAAUCUUAACUUCUAAAAUACAAUGAGAAAACCAGGCAGAUAUACUUGAAAUUUAACUUUUACCUGGUCAUUGACACAUCUUCAAAUGAUUAAGAAUGGCACUCCUGAAGAUUAAACUCCCCUUCCAGAAGAGAGUACGUUUAGCCCAGGGCCUCUGGCUACUGUCAUGGGUAGCGAUGUUUUCUGGAGCCGUCACCUUCGCUGUAGGAAUCCUGCUCAAGACUGAGCUCGUCCGCCGGGAAGAGGUGAUGCAUAACAAUGACAUCCACAUCGUGCCCAAUCUUCUCAUGGUAGUGGGGCUGGCAUCUGUGGGCAUCAACAUCUGUGCUGGCAAGGUGUGCCAGGACUCAUUGGACACAUCGCGGUUCCCCCGCUGGAAGACUGUCCUCAUACCUUUCUUCUGUGUGUCGCUCUUCUUCACUACAAUGCUGCUGAUCGCCAUGGCAUUGAGCUACAUCCUGCAGCCCAGCCUGGAGGAAUCCUUGAAACUGGGCUUGAAAAAUGGCAUACGCUUUUAUAAGGACACAGACACUCCGGGCCGCUGCUUCCAGAAGGAAACAAUCGACCGUCUGCAGAUGGAGUUCCAGUGCUGUGGAAAUAGUAACUACAGGGACUGGUUCGAAGUCCAGUGGGUGAACAACCGGUACCUGGACUUCACCUCCAAUGAAGUAAAAGACCGCGUGAGGAGUAACGUGGACGGCCGGUACCUGGUGGACGGAGUGCCGUUCAGUUGCUGUAACCCAGCCUCGCCCCGACCCUGCAUCCAGUACCAGCUGCUGGACAACACGGCCCAUUACAACUACGAGCACCAGACAGAGGAGCUGAACCUGCAUGGCCGCGGCUGCCGCCAGGCCCUCCUCAACCACUACAGGGGUCUGAUGAACACCAUUGGGCCUGGAGUGCUCUCGGCUUUCCUCAUGCAGAUGAGCGUGCUGCUCGGUCUGCGCUACCUGCAGACCUCCAUGCAAGCGGUGGGGCAGGAGAACAUGGAGGUGGAGACAGAGGGCUACAUCCUGGAGAAAGGGGUGAAGGAGACGGUAAAGGAGCUCAAAGAGGAGAUGUCGAGAUUCUUCCAAGGGCAGGUGGACGCAGCACCUCCGGCGGCACAGCCAAAGGCAGAACCAGAAAAGGCAGCCAUGCCCGCUAGCUAGACACCAGGGAUUGGCUGUUCUGGCUGAAGAGGGAGAGGAGUUACAGCUUGUCAUUGACCUUGAAUUUUUAUAAUUUAAAAAAAGGAGAAUUAUAUAAACACAGCCAUCACCUAUGCAGCAUUAACUGUCUAUUUAUUUAAGUCAAAGAAAACAAACAAAUUAAAUUAAAAUAAUAUGAAAAUGUAUGAAAAAGAAUAUAAAACAGUAUGAAAAUAAAAGGUUGGAACCUAGAGACCAUUAAGAUA